AUGCCCCCCAAAUCCCCCACCGACCUCGCCACCCUCGCCCGCCAGCUGCUGACCGACGGCCCCGUCCGCACGCUCCCGACCACCAAGCGGCUGCGCGUGCAGCUGGGCGGCCGCUUCGUCGCCGACACGACGCGUGGCCUCUACGUCUGGGAGCACCCGUACUACCCGUACUACUACCUGCCCCUCUCCUCUCUCGGCGCCGACACCUGGUCCGUCGUCAAGAAGGUCGAGGGGGGUGCCGCGAACGUGCUGCGGCUAUCCGGCGGCGCCGCCAGUACGGAGAGGGUGCUGGCGUUCGGGGAGGACGUUGGUGGGAAGGACGCUGGGGAGGUCGAUGGCGGGAGCGGUGGGGUUGUGGCAGGGGAGAGGAAGGGCAAGAGCGCAAUAGAAGCGCUGCGCGGCAUGGUGCGCAUCGAGUUCGGCGCCGCCGACGCCUGGUUCGAGGAGGACACGCGCAUCGACGUGCACCCCAAGGAUCCCUUCAAGCGCAUCGACAUCGUGCACUCGCAGCGGCCCCUCAAGGUCUUCGUCAACGGCAAGCAGGUCGCGCACGCGCAGUCCGCGUACCACCUGUUCGAGACGGGACUGCCGCCGAGAUACUACAUCCCGCCGACCAGCGUCGAUCCGGCCGUGCUGAGGCCGAGCCAGACGAAGACGAAGUGUCCGUAUAAGGGCGAGGCGGAGUAUUAUGAUGUCGUGGUCGAUGGAGAGGUGGCGAAGGAUGUGGUGUGGUACUACAGGAAUCCGACGCAGGAGAGCGCGUUGAUUGUGGGGGCGUUGUGCUUUUAUAAUGAGAAGGUGGAUAUUGAGUUGGAUGGGGAGAGGCUGGAGCGGCCGAAGUCGAUCUUUGCGUGA